AGUGUGUGUGAGAGAGAGACGGAGAGAGUGUGUGUGUGUGUGUGUGAGAGAGAGAGAUGGGUGGUGUGUGUGAGAGAGAGAGUGUGUGUGUGUGUGUGUGAGAGAGAGAGAUGGGUGGUGUGUGUGAGAGAGAGAGAGUGUGUGUGUGUGUGUGUGUGUGUGUGAGAGAGAGAGAGAUGGGUGGUGUGUGUGAGAGAGAGAGAGUGUGUGUGUGUGUGUGUGAGAGAGAGAGAUGGGUGGUGUGUGUGAGAGAGAGAGAGUGUGUGUGUGUGUGUGAGAGAGAGAGAUGGGUGGUGUGUGUGAGAGAGAGAGUGUGUGUGAGAGAGAGAGAGAGUGUGUGUGUGUGUGUGUGUGUGUGUGUGUGUGUGUGUGUGUGAGAGAGAGAGAUGGGUGGUGUGUGUGAGAGAGAGAGUGUGUGUGAGAGAGAGAGAGUGUGUGUGUGUGUGUGUGUGAGAGAGAGAGAUGGGUGGUGUGUGUGAGAGAGAGAGUGUGUGUGAGAGAGAGAGUGUGUGUGUGUGUGUGUGUGUGAGAGAGAGAGAUGGGUGGUGUGUGUGUGUGUGAGAGAGAGAGAGUGUGUGUGUGUGUGUGUGUGUGUGUGUGUGGAUGGUUAUCGGUUCCCGAGAGUCCAGUGAAAAGCGUGGAUGCUGGAAGCAGUGUUCAGUUCAGUGUUUUGAAGCGGUGUCUCGUGGUUACCCGGAAGUUAAACCGGAAGUUAUUUAUUGACACGCCGCUUUUCUUUAAUGUGUGAAUGUAUUAAUGUGUGUGUGUGUGUGUGUGUAUUAAUGUGUGUGUGUGUGAUGGAAUUCCGUGCGGCGCGUGCUGGUGUUUCAUCUGAGAACUUCCGGAGAGAACAUUACAUUCACUGCUGUGGGGGACACACGGUUCUCUGGGAGAGUUCCCUAAAGAACCACACUUUCACUAAAGCAUGACAUCACUCUGACAUCACACUGAUGUCAUGAUGAGCUCAUACACACGCGGUGCCCCCACAGUGUUCUUCAUAAGUGCUGUGUGUGUAUUGGCGCGCAGCGACUGGGAGCCAAGUGGUGGUGAAGUGCCCUUUAUUGGAGGGCGCUACUCUGAGCACCCCAUGCUGUAUUUUGGGCGGGAGGCAGUGCCUGAGCUGCGAGGGGCGGCGGUGAGCACUCACGCUGAGCUGGCUCAGCAGGUAUGGCGUGCUGGUGAAGACAUGCUUGCAAACCCCACCCAUUUUCUUCCACCACGAGACCCUGAACAGUUCUCCGCCCGCUGGAACGAAAUCUAUGGGAACAAUCUGAGCGUGUUAGCACUCUUCUGUCUGCUUUACCCACAACGCACUGGGGCGCUCAGUCUGGCCCGCGAGUACAUGGACCGGAUGGCCGCUCAGCCCAGCUGGCUGGUAAAGGAUGCUCCAUGGGAUGAGGUUCCGCUGGCUCAUUCUCUGGUGGGAUUUGCGACAGCGUAUGACUUUCUGUUUGAGUUCCUGAGUGAGGCGGAGCAGGAGCGUUACCUGCAAGUGCUUGGAAAUGCUUCCUUCUACAUGUACGACAAAUCACUGCAGAGGGGGUGGAGCUUCCAGUUCCUCCACAACCACCAACCAACCAACUGUGUUGCCCUGCUGACUGCCUCUCUCAUCCUGCUGAACCAGGGGUGUCUACAGGAGGCCUAUGUAUUUGUUCAGCAGGUGAUGGCGAUUAUGGAGAAGGCGCUGGUCGUGCUGCAUUCUGUGGUUGAUGGUUCUCUGUAUGAAGGUGUUGCGUACGGAACCUACACUACACGUUCUCUUUUUCAGUACAUCUUCCUGCUGCAGAGACACUUCAACAUCUCGCACUUCACACACCCCUGGCUCCUCAAACAUUUUGAUUUCCUCUACAGGACACUACUGCCAGGUUUCCAGAGGAAUGUUGCCAUCGGUGACUCAAACUACAACUGGUUUUAUGGCCCAGAGAGUCAGCUGGUGUUCCUUGAUCGCUACGUCAUGAGGAACGGCCAUGCUAACUUCCUGGCUGAACAGAUCCGACGCCACCGUGUGCAGGACGGACCGGGACACCCGUCACGGGGACAGAAAUGGUGUACAUUACACACAGAGUUCAUCUGGUAUGAUGCUGGUCUCAAAGCCACGCCCCCUCCAGAUUUUGGAAUGCCACGUUUGCACUAUUUUGAGGACUGGGGUGUGGUGACAUACGGAGGCGGUCUACCUGCAGGGACAAAUCAUUCCUUCUUGUCAUUUAAGUCAGGGAAACUGGGUGGCCGCACCAUCUUCGACAUCGUGCACCAGCGGCACUACAGUGAGUGGAUCCGCGGCUGGAAGAACUUCAAUGCCGGACACGAGCAUCCCGACCAGAACUCAUUUACCUUUGCACCCGGAGGUUUCCCCUUCAUUACUGAAGCAUUGUAUGGCCCCAAGUACACACUCCUUAACAACGCUGUUCUGUUCGCACCCUCCACUGACCAUGCCUGCUUCUCGCCAUGGGAAGGUCAGGUGACUGAAGCAUGUGACUCCAAGUGGUCGAAGUAUAAGUACAGUGCUGCAGCAGACUGCGAGGGUCGUGUGGAGGCAGCACUAGAGCGUCAGGGUGUUGUGUUCAUCCGCGGCGAGGGACGGGCAGCAUACAGCCCAGCGCUGAAGAUCAAGAACCUGCAGAGGAACCUUGUCCUUCUCCAGCCUGACCUCCUGCUGCUCCUGGACCAUGUGCACUUGGAUGCUGAAAGUCCUGCCCACAGCAUCAGCGCCUUCUUCCACAACAUAGACUUCCCCUUCCAGCACACCAUGGCGAGAGACGGUGUCCAUGGUGCUUUUGUUCUGCACGGACAGGACGAGUACACCAUGCUGUGGAAGGACGACACGGGCUACAGCUCAGAAGCUGAUACAAUGUACUGGACGUACCCACACGGCUACCCCUACAACGGCUCUCACUAUGUUAAUGUGACUAUGUCGCUACGCUUCCCACACACCCGCAUCGCCUAUGUGUUCUUUGGCCCGAAUGUCGAUGUUCUCAGCUUCAGCCUGCAUGGAGACUCCGAGAGGAUCGACGUCCACCUGACCACACCAGAACACGCCUUCACUGUCCACAUCCUGACAUCGGAGAACCCCAGCAAGCCCCUGUUUGCCAUGGUGCUGAAGGACAAGUCAGAGAAGGUGGUGUUUGAGAGGGUGGCGGCAGUGCAGGAGCACCCUCUGGAGGAGGUGCAGGGCUAUGUUAAUCUUGUGGAGCAAAACCUCCAACAUAUCAAACCUGUCUUCCAACAGUUGAAGCACCAUGUAAAGAUGCGCAUCCUAAAUGCUGAGGGAUUCCACAAAAUCACAGAACGACUAAAGAAAACCUCAGAAAAGAGGAGGAAGGUGAAGAAGGUGGCAGCAGCUGUGGAGAAGAUGUUCUCAGUCAAUAAGAAGCCAGGGAAAGUGAAGGGGUCAAAGAAAGCAACUGGAAAUGAAGCUGGAGAGAAGCAACAGGGAGAGCUGAGGCGCGAGAGCAAUUGGAAUGAAGGUGAUGUGCACAGGGGCAAGAAGCCCAGGAUCAUAAAAGGACACAUGUUUAAAGACAUCCACACUGCAGUGGCUGUGGGUGGGACCAAAGCAUCCAUCUCUGUCUCCUACAUACGUUUGUUCCUGGUUCUGAACAUCGGAGCCUUCAUCCUGCUGCUGGCGGUUCUGCUCACACAGCUGCGGCGAGCGCCGAGUCUCCACACGCAGCGCUGCAUCUACUGCAUCCUGCUUCUUGACAGCUUCAUCCUGCUCGGCCUCUACUCAUCAUGCUCACACGGACACUGCUGACAUCAUCACUAGGGGACGUUUCUGAUAACCAUGAGAAGGCAGAGUAACAGUGUGGGGCAGUAGUAUGGGAAGAACACUGGCUGCGUUUGAAACAGAAGGUUGCUACCUCGCUGCUGUGAUAGACGUGUUUCAAAAGGCAGAACUUUCAAAUGAAGGCAUCUUCUAAGGAACAAAACCAGAGUGUUAGCUAGUUGGCUAACAGAUGCCUCACAAAUCAUAUCAAACAAAUUUAUUUGGUUACACUCACGGGGUUAUCAGGUAGUAUAAUGUUUAUUUAUCAGUAACUUUUAAAAAGUAAGUGAAAAAAGCCCAAAAACUUAUAUUUGUAUACGAAAGUGCUUUUUUGUGAAGUUUGAUCCACCAUCAUUUUUUACUUUUUACAUUUCCUGGGGGAGCUGCUGCGCAGAUUUAUGGGUAAUAGGCAGCAUCGAGGAUACAGCAAUGUUGCCUUCAACUGGGGGAAGUUUGAAGGCAUCUUAUGGUCCUUUUCCACUGCACGGUACCGGUUCAUCUCGACCGGCCAGUCAGAGUGUUACGGAGAGAGUUGGUGUAAUGGUGAAGACACAGGACUCCCAGUCUGACUACCAGUCUGAAGACGUGCAGAGCACACAGACACUCAUCGGUUUUACCAACAGAGGGUUCAGCAAAACAUCACUACAGGGUGGCUAAUUUUAAAUUAAUUACUUGCAGCAAAUUUCUCCCCAAAUAAAGCCUGCCGAGUGGGGCUGUGAACCCACAAUCUCCAAUUGAAAUCCCUGUACCUUCACCAUUCACCAUGCUUUUUUUUGCUGCUUGUAAACUGAUGGCACUUUACGCUGUUCCCAUUACGUCCUGACAGUUUGGACACAGCUUUUUCAUGCCCGUUUUUUUUUUUUUUUAAAUAAAAUGUGCUAGAAACGUGAUGAAUUGUAGCAAUCUCAGCUUGACACAAGACCAUUUCACAAACACACACACACACACACACACAACCAUGCGUGCGAGUGAUGAAAACACACAUAAAAUCAGUGAAGUAUAAUAAAUAAAUAUAAUACUACAUAAAAAUUGAGGGUUUGUUCAGGACGUCUCAUCUCACACAAUGAUGAUGCAGUAAUGUGAUUCUUUCUGACCAAUCAGUCGUCUGCAGUGUUUUCACUUCACCUUUUGGUCUCACCUCAGCUCGCUUGGAACCUCAACGGAUAUGCGACCAAAAAAAGGACUGGGUACCAGGUAUGAUCCACAACUUUGACCUGAUGGAAAACCAAAAAAGGCGAGUCAAGUCAAGUCAAGCUGGUACCAUGCAGUGGAAAAGGACCAUAAAAAGACAGGAAACGAGAGUUCGAUUUGUUUUGAAUGGUCUUUGAGGCUUUGUUGUCUUGUUAGACAUCCAGCUGAGGCAGCAUUUUCCCAUUACAAAUGUACCCAGUGUGUGAAUGUACAUUAUGAAAUAUAAAUGUGUGUGUGUGUGUUUCGGGUAUUUUGUAAUCUUUUCAAUUAAAAAGCAGAUGCAGAAA